UUUUACCAUUACGAUGCUUCUUUGUUUAAUAUGGUCUUAAUUUAGCAUAACCACACGGAGUGACACGGUGAUCCGCCGCUGCGUUUCCUGGAAGCCUCUGCGCAUGCGUGGUCAGCGCAUCCUGUUUUAUUAAAUUUUUUUCCAGGCGAAAAUGGCUGCCUCUCUCAUCUAAACCUCUGCUUAAAGGAUUAAAUGAACAUGAAAUAAAGAGCAGAAAUCGCGGUCUCACUUCAAAACGGUGCUGAUGGACGCCCGGGCGUAGAUCGUGCAGCGCCUUCACAAAGAUGUUGUGGCUGCCAGAGAAGGAAAAUGUAUGCGAUUCGACAUUAACCCUUUCCAGCCCAGCACCCACCAACAAAUAAGAAAAUGAUGCAUCAAGUGACCAGCAGCAACAGUGACUAUUGUAUGAGUGGACUGGCAGAGGACUGUCAUCCUGCCAGCCACUUUGAUCUAUGUAGCACCCAGUCCAACAAAUUCUACCCCUCUCAGACAACCCCUGGUCUGCAGCUGUCCCUUACCGGCCUAGCCCCUUUGCCACAGGGCAUGCACAAAGUCAUGGCAUGUCAACUUCAAGACGCCCAGAGCGACUUCGGGCCUCAGAUGGUGAAAAUCAGGGGCACUGAGCCUGCAGGGCCCGACGGGUCCAAGAAGAAGAAGGGCAUGGCGAAGUCAGGGCGGAGAGGGAGGCCAUCAGGUACCACCAAGUCAGCUGGUUACCGUACAAGCACUGGACGUCCACUGGGAACAACUAGGGCAGCUGGUUUCAAAACUAGCCCGGGGAGGCCCCUUGGUACCACCAAAGCAGCAGGAUAUAAGGUCAGCCCUGGACGGCCCCCCGGCAGCAUCAAGAGUCUAGCCCGGCUCAAGAAGCUUGACUUUAGCAACUGCAGUGUUCCCAAGAAACUGGACUUCACUAGCUGUGAUGUUCCUCCUUUUCCGUACACCACGAUGGAGAAAAGACCCCUCUGUGAGCCCAGCGGCAAAGUGGAUGAAUCCAGCGAGUAGUUCUUCUGCUUUUCCCUCUAGUGUUCGAGAAAACAUUUGUGUGCAUGAGCAAGACGAUGCCGAGGAACACAAUUUCUCUCAAGGGUUGGAGCAAAGAACUUCUCGUUAUGUAGAAAACAGCUCUGACUGAGUUUUCAUUGUACAGUGUUUGACAUGUUCUUCAUCCUCUCAUAAUAAAUGACUGAAUUAGAAGUAUGUUAUUCCACUUUGGCAGAGAUGCAUGCAUACGAAUUAAUCACACUGAUCGAUAUAGGCAAAAAUGUAUUUACCAGUUUUCAAACCUCUCUAGGGAGCGGAUCUCUGUUCCCCCUCGAGCAUUUUGUUCCUCUGAAUUGUGACACUCUCUUACUCUGCUUUAAUAUUUCUAUGGCCAGGUUCGUGUGACAUUUUCUACAUUUAUAAAAAGUGCAUUUUAGUACAACCGGCCAAGUAAAUCAGCUUUUUUCCUGAGAAUAAAUAUGUGGAUGUGUAGCUGUCCUUUCUGUGCUGUCCAGUUAAAUACAUGUUUUAUUUUGUAAUAUUAUCCUAGCGUCAUGCCUACAAUGGGAACACAGUGAUACUUUUUUUUAAAUUUUUAUUUGCUUGACCUGAUAAAACUCAACGCAUAUUAUUCUUUUGAGCACUUGUUAUUUCUGCACUCUGUGAAUAUAGUUUUGAUUCUGUACUGUAACGGUGUGUUUUUGUCCCCAGAACUCACUUAACAAGCACUUCCAGAUUUACAUGUAUGUUGUUCUCCUUAUUCGUUAGAAGAAAAAAAAAUGACUUCAUGAAACAGAAAAAAAGGCUUUGUGGAAUAUGUAUUAAUUGCUUGUGUGCUGUAUGUGAAACCAAAAUAAAAGAAAUAGUCUUUUCCACAGCAGUAUUUCCUGUC